AAUGAAGCCAUUUUCAAACUUCACUGUAACUGUAUUGGAUAUCUUCCCGCCAUAAAUUUUGUUUACUAAAUUUUAAUUUUUUUCAGGCUGUCAUUUGAAAGUUAAAUUUUAGUUCUAUUUCAGCUUAUAGAUAUUUAUUAGAAUUAAAGGAUGGGUAUUCAGGGGUUAGCUAAAUUAAUAGCAGAUUGUGCGCCCACAUCAAUGAAAGAAAAUGAGAUAAAAAAUUAUUUUGGGCGAAAAAUUGCUGUGGAUGCAUCAAUGAGUAUUUAUCAGUUUUUGAUAGCUGUUCGCCAAGAAGCGAAUAUGUUAACAAAUAGUGAAGGAGAAACUACUAGCCAUCUGGUUGGGUUGUUCUAUCGUACCAUUCGUAUGGUUGAUAAUGGCAUUAAACCUGUUUAUGUUUUUGAUGGAAAACCUCCUCAAAUGAAAUCAUCUGAGCUUGAAAAACGUCAAGAAAGGAGAGAAGAAGCGCAAAAGAAUUUAGAAAAAGCUGAAGAAGAAGGUGUUGCUGAAGACAUUAAUAAGUUCACUAGAAGGUUGGUUAAAGUUACAAGACAGCAUAAUGAUGAAUGCAAAGAGUUAUUAAGGCUAAUGGGAAUCCCUUAUGUUGAAGCCCCUUGUGAAGCUGAAGCACAAUGUGCAGCUCUUGUAAAGGCAGGCAAAGUGUAUGCAACGGCUACUGAAGAUAUGGAUGCCUUAACUUUUGGCUCUAAUGUUCUUCUUAGGCAUAUGACUUUUAGUGAGGCAAGGAAAAUGCCCAUUAAAGAAUUUCACCUAAAUCAUAUUUUAGAAGAAACUGGCUUAAAUCAUGAUGAGUUUAUUGAUCUCUGUAUACUUCUGGGAUGUGACUAUUGUGAAAGUAUCAAAGGCAUUGGACCAAAGAAAGCAUAUGAAUAUAUCAAGAAUUAUCGAUGCAUUGAGAAAAUCAUUGAAAAAUUAGAUUCUAAGAAGUAUAAAAUUCCAGAGGAUUGGUAUUAUAAAGAGGCCAGAGAAUUGUUUAAAAAACCUGAAGUUACUGAUGGUGAAAAUGUUGAGUUGAAAUGGAAUGAUCCAGAUGAGGAAGGUCUCAUCAAAUUUUUGUGUGGGGAAAAAAAUUUUAGUGAAGACAGGGUAAAAAAUGGUGUUAAAAAGCUAAUGAAAGGUCGUCACGGAAGUACACAAGGAAGAUUAGAUAGUUUCUUUACUGUAAUCCCAAAGAAUAAUCCUGUAAAACGAAAGAUAUUAUUUUAUAGGCUGAAGAAAAUGGUUCUGCGAAAAAAGGAAAAGCAUCACGUGGCAAAGGAUCAUAUAAAAGAGGAAAAUAAGGUUGAUUUAUGUUAAAUAAUAAAAUGGAUCUAAUCCUGUACAUAUUUUUAAAAAAUUUGUUUUUGUCUUUCUCAUAAAAUAAACUUUUAAAUGUCA